AUGUGAAGGAUGGACUGCUCAGUGAUUACUAUUGGACAUGUGCAAAAUGUGCUUUCAGCUAUGCAGAAGACCUUGGAGUGCCCCAUAUGCUUGGAUGUGGUACAAGARCCUGUUUCAACAAAAUGUGAUCACAUAUUCUGCAGGUUCUGCAUGUUCAAGCUUAUCAGCAAAAAGAAAAAAGGUGUGGCACAGUGUCCUCUGUGUAAGACUGAAGUUACCAAGAGAAGUCUGAGAGAAAAUUCCAGAUUUAAGCAACUAAUUGAAGGACUGUUGGAAACCAUCCGUGCUUUUGAGCUUGACACUGGAGUGAAGUUUUUAAAGAGUCAUGACUUUCCUAAAACAUCUGUGGAAGACACUGCUUCUGAGUUCCUAWGUAAAGAAAGUUCUGUCAUCCAAAGUAAGGGSUUCAGAAACAGGAGGACAAGUGCUAAAGGACAAGAAAACUGYACCUUGCAGGAAGCUAGUGUGAAUAUUCAGCUUACAGAUCCCAAAAUGGGUUGCCCAAGAAACAAAGCCCAGAAAUGUGACUCUCAAAAGGGUAUUUAUAUGGAAUUUGGCUCUGAAUCAUCUGAAGAGUUUUUUAAACAGGCAAACAAAACUGGGUUUGAGGCAGCAGUUCAGAUUUCUUCUCAAGAAAGAUUAGAAGAACUUGAGAGUGCUGAGAAAGAGAAUGAAAAUUCUUGCCCUGCACAGCCCAACAAGCUGAAURCCAAAGAAAUAACACUACUAAAUGUCAUAGGUGAAAGUGAUUUCUCAAAGGAAGGCUUGAGUGAGAAAAGCACUCAGAGCAUGGCUGGAUGUGCCAAAGCUGACCAAGUGAAUGUGACUGAAUGCCAGAGCUCUCCCUUACAUGUUCUGGCUGCAGAYCUACACCCAGAGCAGUGUGACAGAAUAGGUAAUGCCAUUCCCAAAGCAAAUGGGGACACACCAUCCUUAAAGGACGCAGAAGAAAUGGAUGAAAAGCAAACMAAGUGCAACAGUGAAAACCAAGAGUGUGAUUUAGAAGAUAGUUCAGAGGGCAGGAUGGAUGAAAGCAAGGAAAUGGAUGCUGUUGUACAAGGUGAAGAAGCUAUAGAAGCGUGUGAACCUGAGAACAACUCUUUCCAAGGCAAGGAACUUCCUCUGGAGAAGCUGCUUCARCCAGAGACAUUUCACUCCACCCCCAUGAACAAAGUCUCCAAGAAGAGACUGAAGCGGAGCAUUCAGAAAGUCAAUGAAUGGUUUUCAAAAAGCAAUGAGAUUCUGUCUUCCAGUUCUUCCCCAGCUGAAUCUGCUGGAUCAAGUGAUGCUUCAGGGGAAGGAGAUCUGUGUUUAUCAGUUAAAGAAUCCUGUAUUUCAGAAAAGACUGGCCCUAAGGUAGRUUCCAUGGAAAUUGCAGCAGUUGAAGGAAACAGGAGGCGGUCAAAACAAACAGCAGAUAACAUCAAAGACAAAAUAUUUGGAAAAACAUACAAGAGAGAGAGGAAAUCAAAUACCCCUUCUGCCUUGAGAGAUGCUUUGCCUGCUAUGAGAAAGGAAGAUGUGGCUGCUGAGAAGAGCCUGGAUAGUUUCAGCAAAGACAGACUCAAAMGAAAAAGGAAGACUGCCUGCGCCCUGCAGCCUGAGGAUUUCAUCAAGAAAAAAGAUACACAAGAGGCAGAUGGGGACCCUCAAAGUGGUAAUUGGUGCCUUGGAGAUGCUGARAAGAAAAGAUGUGAUGAAAGUGUUGCUGUUAAUGAGAGUCCCCUCUCUCAGAAUAGAGCAAAUAACACACUGACAGAACUUGAGGAAGGAGGAAACUCUACAUGGAAGAAAGCUACUGAGAAGGUCACCAGCAAGCACUGUGAUGGAGAAUUAGAAAUGUAUAGCUGUGAUCAGAAAAGCACCAAAAAAAGAAAUCCUGCAGCAAAAAGAUGCAGGCAUUCCACUAGAACUAUGUGUGCUCUACAGCUGGUAGUGGAUAGAAAUUCUGUUUCCCCUGAUCCAGCUGAGCCACAGAUUGAGAGCUAUCCAAGCAGUGGAGAGCCCAGGAAAGCUGAUUUGGAGCAAAAUCAAGUCAGACGCAGCAGAAGGCUUCAGUUACGUGCUAAAGAAAUGACAGAAGGARCAAGGAAAGGAGUAAAGGGAGUGAGAAAGAGUGACAGUGAUUGUGGAAAGUCUGUCUCUGGAGACCAAAGGAAUGUGGCAACUCCCUCUGCUGAAUGCCAAGAUCUGUGUGAGCCUCAGGAUAUGCUGAGUCACAAAYCAGUCACUAAUGUGAAGGGGGGUGAACUGGAAACAAAUGAAAUGCAGGUUGGUGUAAAGAAUUUAUCUGCCACUGCAGAAACUGGAAAAAAUCUGUUCAAUCCUUCAUCUUCACAUGAGCCUUCAAACUGGGGCUCCACCAUGCCUGGUACAGGUUCUGAAGACAGUGAAAUACGAGGUAGCCCUCUCCUCCUGCAGCCUCCCUCCGUGCCUACUGCUUCUCACCAGACUGAAGAGAACACUGAAUCACCUUCUGCUUUUCCCCAGGAGUAUGGGCACAAUUCACAAAGUGUUCCAAAGYUGCCAGUGGCUGAACAUGUUUUGGAAUUGCCUAAGGAAGCUGAAGACAGUGAAUUAGACACACAAUAUCUACGGAAUAUAUUUAGGCAUUCAAAGCGUUCAUCCUUUAGCCUGUUUCACAUUCCCAGGCAGGAAGAWUCUGCUUCUGCAAAUUUAAAUCCAUCAUGUGCUGCUCAGGUAGAAAACAAGCCUAGCAAACAUUUACAACCAGAAAGUUUGCAAGAAGAGAAAACUGCUCAAAGCUCGAGCAGGGUUUCUGAAAAAGAGGAGCUUAAGACUUGUGAGUCUGCCUGUGUUGAUCAAGGGACUCWGACACCAGCAAGAACAGGCACUGCUGAGACUGAGAGCAAAAACAGAUUGUUGGAACAGCAAGGCAAUGAAAAUCCAGUGUCAACUGACAUAGGGAUAGGAAGUGAGUUGAGACAGAAUCCCACUGAAAGUAGUAAAAGCCAAAGUGAUCAGAGUAACACAGCAAAGCACAGUUCCAAACAAACUGAUUUAAACAUGGGCCAGGGAAYAGGCUGCAGUUCAGAGAGCAGUCAAGCAGGAAAGACUGAAGCUGAUUGCAAAGAACCAGAUCUACAUUUUCAGUCCAGAUCAAUAACUUGUCCUGCAGUUUGUCAGCAAAACCCUGCUGAAUUCAGCAGUGAAGUCAUUGGGACAGAAAGUAGCAAAAGCGAAAGCAAAUGCACAGAGGAUGAAGAGCAAGCAGYCCAAACCCUUAGCACAGCAAUGCCCAAGUGUUUGGUUGCAGAGGCUCCAGAAGAACCUGUUAGAGGGAGCAGUGUUCUCACAGGUUCCUCUGAAACCCCUGAUGGYUUGCUGUGCUCUGAUACUGAUAUUGAGAACAGCAGCUUCUGUGAAACGGAUAGGAACGAGCAAUCUGCGGUGUUUGCAAAAAGUGACAACGCCCUGGGACAUGAACUGCMCAGCAGAAAUGCAAGUUCUAAGCCAAGAUCUCGAGGUAUUCAAAAAUCUCGAAGGCGAGUGCAGAAACUGCCAUCAUCAGAUGAGGAAUCCUGUGAGGAUGAAGAGUUACCAUGCUUUCAGUCAUUGAUCUGCAGCAAAGCAGCAAGCCCACCUUUGCAGGUUGAUAAACAAAUACCAYCGGUGGUGGAGUCUCCAGGGAGUCCCAACAUGUUUCCUCCCACUGGGAGCAAUGAUGACAACGUUAUGCAGGAAGUGCCUGAAGCUGCCCUAAACAAUGUGUGUGUUUCACCCAGCCAGGAGUCAGAAUGCUCUGUCAAUUUAUUUUCUUCCCAGUCCAAUGCAUCUGAAGAAUCUGUUAAUGAAGCACAAGAGCUGAAGAAACACUCGCCACAAGCUCCUGUAUCCAAACAAAUCAGCAACGUGAAUGAGAGUAAAGAAACUUCUCAAAAUUGUAAUGGAGGGCUGAGGAGAAGCAAAGAUGAAUGCCAAGARGAUCCAGAUAUGGGAGCACACCUAGGUGAAGCAUCUGGAUAUGAGAGUGAAAUAAGUAUUGUGGAAGAUUCAUGUGAGCCAUUCUCCCAGGGUGAAAUCCUCACUACACAGCAAAAGAAUGCAAUGCAAACUAGCCUGAAAAAACUUCAGCAAGAAAUGGCUGUGCUUGAAGCAGCACUGAAGCAGCAUGGAAGUCAGAACUGUGAAUUUUCACCCAUCCAUAAGGAACUGCCACAUUCCAGUGCUGAAGGAACAUUUGGAAUGGAUCAAAUGAGAGAAGAAAAUAAAAGGUCUCCAGAAUUGUUGCUUCCAUCUUCUGAUCUCCCUAACAAAAAGGGUUUAGACCUGGAGCAAGGCCUUGAGCGUGACAGUGUUGUAAAGAACAAAACUCCCUCUGAAAAGGCAAAUCCUGCUCAGGAAGCAGUGCAGGAAUACAGACAGUGUCAGCUUGAAACAGAAAACGCAGAGGAGCAGAAAUCUGAGAUCAGGCAAAACAAUGCAUCUGGCUCAUCAAAUCUUUUUGGAAAUGACAGCCAGAGUCCAGAUAACCCUUCCUCCUCUGUAAGGCUUUUUAGCCCUCAGAGUGCAGAAGCCACAGAUGAGCCUGGUGUAACUCAGGACACUGAAAAAAGCUGUGGCCAAGGAAACAAWKUGAAGAGAAGUGUGUGUUCUUCUCUACCUGUUCUGCACAGUGCAACUGGGAAAGAAAAUUCUGCAAGUGCAGCUGUGAYUAAGAGGAAAGAAAUGUCAAUUGUGGCAUCAGGCCUGAAUCACAGCGAGCAUUUGGUGGUCCGGAAGUUUGUGAAAAAAACUCAGAGCACUUUAUCUAAUCAAAUAACUGAAGGAACAACCCAUGUCAUCAUGAAAACAGAUGAGGAGCUGGUGUGUGAACGGACACUGAAAUAYUUCCUGGGCAUUGCAGGAAGAAAAUGGGUGGUCAGUUAUCUGUGGAUAAUUCAGUCUUUUAAAGAAGGAAGGAUCCUGGAUGAGGAGAACUUUGAAGUUCGAGGGGAUGUAAUCAAUGGGCGAAACCAUCAAGGUCCCAGGAGGGCUCGACAGGCUCUGACUGAAAAGAUCUUUAAAGACUUUGAGAUCUGCUGCUGUGGCCCUUUCACUGACAUGACUACAGAACACCUGGAGUGGAUGGUGGAGCUCUGUGGUGCCUCUGUGGUGCAGCAGCUGGACCUGUUCACACACAGACCGAAUUCCACUGCUGUUGUGGUUGUGCAGCCAGAUGCUUGGAAGGAAACCAYGGAUUGUAGAGCAAUCCAGCAGCAGAACAACGUUGCCAUGGUAACUCGGGAAUGGGUCCUGGACAGCGUGGCUUGCUACGAGUGCCAGGAGCUCAGUGCUUACCUCGUGUCCUAAGGGUGAGGAGCAGCUCUUCUUCAUGACACAAUCACUUCAUUUUGCCCUCUGAAGAUGGARUUACCCACUGUUCUUUAAAGCUUUGCGUGAACUUAAAGAGCUGUUUUGAAAUUGUAAAUGUUAAGGAAAUUUUGAAAGUUGGGAAAUGUAGCAUUUCUCCUUGCAGAAAUGGAGAUGCAGCAUUUGCCACUGCAGCCUGUUCUGUUUAGAAACUUGAGGACAGUUUGGAGACAGUGGCUUCAAAGAGGCAUGUUGGGCUCAGGGCUUGAAUUACAACAWCCCUGCACUCUGGAGUAAUCUCCACAUUUUCAUUUUGUUUAAAUACAGACCCUGAGUACUAUUUCAUGAUUAUUAAUGUAUCAGCCUUGGYCAUUGAUCGAUUAUGGUGGUGUUGAAACUGUACAAACAGCUUUCCUGUUAUCAAAGGGCCAGCUCACCCCAACCAGAAACACUUCCCAUGGUCCACAGAAAGCCAAUGAUUGAGUCUGGACAGAAGGCAAGAUUUAAAACCAGGAACCUGUACCAGUGCUGUUGGUCUGAUUUAAAACCAGGAACCUGUACCAGUGCUGUUGGUCUGAUUUAAAACCAGGAACCUGUAGCAUUGCUGUUGGUCUGAUUUCUGACAAGUGGCCCUGUGAAUCUGCUUCUAACAGUCUCUGCUUGCAAAAUGAGGCUGCAGAGAAAUUGGGUUUUUAUGAAAGAAAGUAUCUUGCUUGUUCCUGUUGCCAAGCAGUUCAGCUUCACCCCUGAUUUUGUACUUUGAGAGCAGGAAGAAUCUGUUCUCAUGAACUGGUUGUUUAAAAAGAAGAAAAUGUAGCUAAGUUCAGAAAAUUGUUUUGUGAUAAGAUGCUGCUGUUUUCAAAAGUUACAGAAAGUAUGUUUAUAAAUAUUUGAAUGCACAAAGGAAAUAAAAUUAUUUU